GUCAAUUUAUUCCAAAAUAGUAUGAAUCAAUUUUCUUAAUUGUGGCUUGAUUCAAUUUGUUUAUCAUGAAAAAUAUUUGACUAUUAAGUUACAAAAUGACUUAUCUAAAAAUUUUGUUUUUCAUAUAGUUUAACCUUUUGUAGGUUUUAUAAAGCAUCAGUAUUAAUUUAAAUACUUCAUUAUUGAAAAUGAAUGUACUUAUUAUAAUAAUUAGAUUUUAAAAUUUAGAAAAUAAAUAUCUAACUAUGUUUUUGGACAAUAAAAAUAUUGUCCUGUUGGAGACAGGUUCUUUUAACCCCCCUACAAACAUGCAUUUGAGGAUGUUUGAAGUAGCAAGAGAUCAUUUAACCCGUUUAGGGUAUACAGUUUGUGGUGGUAUAGUAUCACCUGUACAUGAUUCAUAUAAAAAAAAAGAUUUAGUAUCAUCUAACCACAGGUGUGCUAUGAUUGAAUUAGCUUUAACUUCAUUACCUUGGGUAAAGAUGUCAAAUUGGGAGGUUAAACAAAAUGAUUGGACAGUUACUAGACAAGUUCUACAAUAUCAUCAGAAUUAUCUUAAUUCAGCCAUUAAUUCAAGUUUAAAUGGUAAUAAUAAAGAUUCCAUAAUAUUACCUCAAAAAUUUAUUGCAGAUCUUGGAAUAAACAAGUCUAAAAAAAAUAGAAAUAUUAACUUAAGGCUUUUAUGUGGUGCUGAUUUGCUUGAAUCUUUUGCUGUACCUGGUUUAUGGGAUGAAAAUGAUAUUGAAACAAUUGUUAGAGAUUAUGGUUUAGUUGUAAUUAGUAGAUCUGGGUCUGAUCCAAAUAAGUUUAUUUACCAAUCCGAUAUUUUAACUAAAUUUAUGGCUAACAUAAUUGUGGUGACCGAGUGGAUGUCAAAUGAUAUAAGUUCAACAAAAAUACGCAGGGCAUUGUGUCGGAAUGAUAGUGUAAAAUUUUUGAUGAAUGAAUUGGUUGAAUCAUAUAUAAAAGAACAUGGCUUAUAUGGAACAAAUAAAAAUAAGUACAUUAGUUUAUUAGAAACGAAUAUUUGUAAAUUUUUAUCAAAACCUACAGACAGUAAUACCAUUCAAAUAUCAGGAAUAAACAAAAAAGUUGACAAUGAAUCCUGUAAAAAACAAAAUUGUAGUAAAAAAAUAGAAAUAACUUGUAAAAAGUCUAAAGUAAGUAAUGAAGAUAACAGUAAACUUAAUUUUUAUAGAGUUGGUAUUCAUGUAUCUAAAAAUGGUUUUGUUGAAAUAAUAAGUGACAAAGAGACCAUGGUGUAACAGUAAUAUGAAAUUAUAUUAUUUUUAUUAAGACUUAAACUUGUAAUAAUGUGCCAAGUAUUUAUUAUUGAUAGGUUAAUAAUUUGAAUUGAUCCAAAAAAUGUUUAUACAAUAAUAGAUAUUAUUGUAUACUUAUAUUAUAUUUUGAAUCAACAUAUAAACAUAGAACUAAAUCAAAAUAAAACUAUAAGUUUUUAUCGAAGAUCAUUGAUUUUAUAUGCAAGAGAGAGUUAGCUUAUAGCUAAAUAUUUUGUGAUAAUUGAGUAAAAUUCCACAGCUUCUAAAUGUUUAUUAGAAAAUAUUC